AUGGCUUCAUCCGCCGGGGUCCCGGUAGCUGGUGAAGAGCUUUUAUGUAUCUACAAGAAAGAGUAUGAGCUACUGCCUGAAAUGAAUUUGUUGUCAGCAUUUAAAGGAAAGUUGCUUUUUUUAGUUUGUAGUAAAUGUUGUCUCUAUAAAAUUCUGUGUUGGGUUUUCCUAUUCUCUCUUUUGCAGUCCCGCAUCCCCAGAAACAGCUCUCCUGCAACACUUCGGAGGCUGGAGUGGUUAAAAUGACUCAGACUCUGGGCACUGAAUGGAUUGAAAGAGGAGUGUGUGUGUGUGUGUGUGUCAACUGCAUCUCACCGUGAGUGCUGUCUGUUCUCAGCCUUCUUAUCCUUCGGUGUGUGCCAAAACAUUUUAAGGGAUUGAGCUGCCAAAGGAAGUGGUGAUUAGUGUGUUUGCUUUCAUAUGAAGAGCCUCAUUUAGGAAUGAUGCAGUAAUUUAAGUCCUCAAACAAUACAUCAGUGUUUAAUUAGAUGGCGUCUUGAGGGAUGAAUCAACCAAACACUUGCUCUAAUUGUUCUUUUCAAUUAGGGAAUCAAAUUUGCUACCUCACUGCAAGUGUUGGCACAACAAUAGCGCCUUGUUUGUACCUAUUUGUCUGUGAAGCUGAGCAGGGGAAAGAAAAGAGAAGACAGGGAGGAUUGUGUGUAAAGUGUGUGCGUGUACAGAGAGGGGGGUGUUUAGCGAAGCAUCCCUUAGCCCCAGCCAUCCCUGAGCAAAUCCGUCCGGUGGCACAAGGCAGCCUGGCCCAGUCAUAGCCUCAGAACAAAGCCCUCACACAUGCUUGUCGCUCAGCUUCAUUUAUCAGCGGCUUGUUUGCUAAUUUUAAUUUGCAGAAAAGCAUUCUUCUUUCCCCUUGCUUACCAGGUCUCUCAAUGGGCUGUUGAUUUCUUUGAAGUGACAGCCAGUAAAUAUGCAUAAAAAGGGACACAAUUAGUGCUCACAAGGUUGACUGGAGCCUGAUUCCAUUGGCAACUUUAGCCGUGGCUUUGAUAAGCUGCAUUAUCUAGAAAAUUGGCUGGGGGAAACAGUGCCUCUGAUUGCCAGCAAAGGUUCCAGAUAACAGAGCAGCUGAAGAGAAAUAUAAUUGAGGUGGAAUAUGUUAACCAUGAUGUCUCAUGGUCUUUGGAAGUGCUAAUUUACCCAGUGUUGAAAUUCCAUAUCAAGGCAACAGAAUAUAGAGAACAAUGAUCCAGGCCUUGAGGCUUUUAGCCGCCACUCUGUCAACUGUGUAGAAUUUCAGAAAUCAUCUGUAUAAGAGGCAUUUUGACAUGUUGUUUUAGAGUAAGCUCUGUGAGUGCAGGUAGAUAGCUGCUUUUGUUGUGAUUACAUGAUGGUGUCGCAGAGCUAUCAGAUUACAACCAAACCCAUAACUACUUUCUUAUUAACUCCAUCUGAAUUCUUUGGGGUUUUAGAGACGAUUCAGACCAAUAAUCUGAGUGAGCAUUUAAAGGCCAUGGGCAAAUUUGACCAAAUACCCCUUUGUAUCUAGAAGCCCUGUAUGAGAUGUGAAUUUCUGUGCCACCAGUCCCACCGUUAAUAUCAUCAGAGAUGUCAUGCCAUGGCUUUUCUUCAAAGAAUAAUUGGGUUUAUUUUUGUCACCAAAGUGAUGGCUCUGAAACAGUGCUGUCACUCCUGGCUCUGAACUGUGAUGCCUUCUGAUUCCAUUGUGCCCCCCCACCCCAACCGCCCCCUUUUUUUCCCCCCACUUUCUUUGUCUCUUUUUUUCAGGGGGAUUGUUGACACCCCUCUCAUCCAUUCAGAGAGUUUGAGGCCUCUUGUGCAGCGCUGGCUGUCAGAUAUCCCUGCUGGUAGACUGGCUCAAGUGACAGACCUGCAAGCUGCAGUGGUCUUCUUGGCAUCUGACGCCUCUGACUACAUGACAGGGCAUAACUUAGUCAUAGAGGGUGGGCAAAGUCUGUGGUAG